AUGAGUCCAGUGAAUCUGAAUGUUUGUGAGGCAUCGAAGAAACGAAACAGGGGCAACCUGAGACAGGCACACUCACUCGUCAUGGCUAAAGUGGAAAUCCUCUUUCUUCUUGUGGCAGCCACAUUAAUGGCAUUGCCACAUAUCACAGAAGGUGCAGAGCAUGUAGUGGGUGGUACUUCCGGUUGGAUUAUUCCUCCUCAAGGACCUUCCUUCUAUGCCUCCUUCGCAGCGAGUACCACAUUCAGAGUAAACGACACUCUUGUGUUCAAGUUCAGAACAGGAGCUCACAACGUUGUCACGCUGUCGAAGAAACACUUCGAAAGUUGCGAAGUGAGUGAGAUAAUGGAAUCAUUCAGCACAUCGCCAGCGAUAAUCACUCUCAACCGCACCGGCGACUUCUACUUCGCGUGCACCUUCCCGACUCACUGCAGCAGCGGCCAAAAGCUCAGCGUUCAUGUCACCGCUGGAGGUUCCUCUUCCCUUGCACCAUCGGAAGCUCCAUCUCCAGCUCCCCCUCACUCGCGUGCACCCACGCUCCUCGCUGUCACUGUCCCUGUCCCUGUUCUUCUCAUGGCAAUUGCCACAAAUCUCUUGCUUCAUUAUUAUUAUUAUUAA